AUGACACGGAGGACAAAACAGGACUACGUAGCUGUCUUACGUGCGGUGAAGGAACGGCUUGGUGAUCCAAUUGUUGAGUGGUUCAUGCUAGAUUUUGAAGCUGCCGCAUGGCAAGCAGUCCGGGAAGUAUUUCCCAACACCGUUGUGAAGGGCUGCAGCUUCCAUUGGUCUCAGCGGGUAUACCGGAAGGUGUCACGUCUGGGACUGGCACCACCCUAUACUCAGAAAGGAGGAGUAUAUCACUUUGUCAGGAAGCUGCUGGCUCUUCCCUACCUACCCGCCGAGCAUGUGAGGCCUGCCUUCCUUACACUAAGGGAGCAGGCUGUGGAGUCGGAGAGUGAGCGUAUAUUGGACCUGGUAGACUACAUCGGAAGAACAUGGGUAGAAGGCACGCUAUGGCGCCCAGAAAAUUGGUAUGUCUACAUGGAGACAGUUAGAUCAAACAAUGAUGUGGAAGGAUGGCACCGCCGCCUUAACACUAGAGCCGGAGGAGCGCAGCUCCCCUUCUACGUUCUUGUACCUCUCCUGUAUGGAGAGGCCCAGUACGUGGACAUCCAGGCACGGCUGGUCUCAGCCAACAUCUUACAACGCCUGCACAGGAAGAAAUACAGGUCAACUCACGAGAAACUACAUCAAGCCUGGGAGAAGUAUGAAGAGGAUAACAUGACGACGAACCAACUCCUAAGGACAGCCAGCCACAUCAUCGGACUAGGACCCAUAGCAACAUCAGCAGAGAAUUACAGCGAUGACGAAUAA